AUGCUGUCCAGAGGGUUGGGAAAACAGCUGUCAUUCACAAGUAGAUGUAUAAAAGACCAGUUUCACAAUCAGAACUUUGCCGAGCAAGCUGUCACAGCCAGGACUCAUGAAUUUGACUCUCAGUUUAACCCUGUCAUCUCCAAACAGAUGGACAAAUAUUCCAAGAAAAAUGCAACAGAUAACCUAACAGUUUUACAAGGUCAAGUAAAAGAGGUUCAAGGUGUGAUGUCACAGAACAUAGAGGCUGUCAUCCAGCGUGGAGAGAGGUUAGAUGAUCUCAUGGACAAAACAGAUGAGCUUGAAGCUGCAGUAGUCGGCAACAUUUCAAAGAAACAGCAACAAAGAUCCAAGAAGAAAUCUGGUGGAAAAAACUUAAAGAUGAAGAUUAUAGUCGGCCUUGUAGGGGUUUGCUGUUUUUAUGGGAAUAGUGCUACCAUUGUGUUUGGUUCUGGUGUCUUGAAAAAAUAG